AUGUCGAGUCAGGGAGCAAUACCAGCCCCAGGACCAAUCGUUGCACAAUCUUUAGAUGCUUGGUCACAAAAUCUGACGGACAGUGGAGGAUUAAAUGGAUCAGCAUCGAAAUAUGCACGGAUGGAGGGAAUGGGACUUAGAAUUGGUGAGGGUGAAGAUCCCGGAUCGGAUAAUAAAGAACGAUUCGCACGUGAGAAUCACAGUGAAAUUGAACGACGGAGGCGGAACAAAAUGACGCAAUACAUUAAUGAGCUUGCCGAAAUGGUACCCCAGUGCGCUGCUCUUGGUCGCAAGCCGGAUAAGCUAACUAUUUUACGGAUGGCUGUCUCCCACAUGAAGGCAAUUCGUGGUAGUUCACAAAAUGAAGCCUCGUAUAAACCAUCUUUUUUGACAGAUCAGGAGUUGAAACAUUUAAUCUUGGAAGCAGCCAAUGGCUUUUUGUUUGUUGUUUAUUGUGAUACAGGAAGAAUUCUUUACGUGGCCGACUCAAUUGUUCCUGUUCUCAAUAUGCGCCAGGAUGAUUGGUUGCAUCAUGUUAUCUACGAUCUAGUACAUCCUGAUGACAUAGAAAAAGUGAGGGACCAGUUAUGCGGAAGUGAAGCAAGCUUAAACCGAGUUCUGGAUUUGAAAACUGGCACUGUUAAAAAAGAGCAAGGUUCCAUUCGUAUUCACAUGAGUUGCCGUCGUGGUUUCAUUUGCAGAAUGAGAUUGGGACCAUUGGAACCUCUUCAUCGGCUUUGCAAUCGACGGCCCAUUUUUACGCAUAAUGGACAGAAUUAUGUAGUAGUGCAUUGUACCGGUUACAUCAAGAAUUCGCCACCGAGUGGUCUUGGACUUGAUUCACCGCCAUCGAGCUGUCUUGUUGCUAUUGCACGAUUGCAGGUUGCCAGCAUGCCGAUUAGUAGUGAACAAAAUUCUACGUCGCAGUUUUCAGUAAGACUUGCAGAGGAUGGAAAGAUAACAUUUGUGGAACAGAGAGCGGCGAUUCUGUUGUCUAUGCCUACGGAGCAAAUAUUAGGGCGUUAUUGGUGGCAGAUUGUACAUCCUGCAGAUGAACAAACUGUGCACGAUACUUUCAUGCAUAUUAUCCAAGACCAAAGUACACAAAUAUCAGUUCGGCUAAGGACACAAGCAGAUUUCAUCCCAUGCGCAGUCAUCGCCCAUAGAUUUUUAAACCCAUAUUCGGAGCAGUUUGAGUAUGUGGUUGCUACGCAUAUAAUGAUUCCAAGUGACAAUGAAAGCUGGCAAACCGGCUCCCAGGUGUUUCCAGCUGAGUUUGACCCAGCGCCAGGUGAAUGGUCAUCCACUGCCAGUUUUGAAUCGGAUAGUAUUCUACCUGGUACCAGAAGACAUUUGUGGAACACAGAACAAUGGGAACAGUAUGGUCAACGGUAA